UCUCCCUCUGCGCCCGGGAAUAUGGCGGCGGCCAUGGGGGCCCCGGGCAGAGCUCUGCUGCGGGCGGGCGCUGAGCGGCUGUUGCGAGGUGGAGUCCGGGACCUACUCCGGCCGUCACUUGAAGGGGGCACCCUCGGCCCGCAGCGCGAUUUCAGCUUCUCUUCCAUUCGGGGCACGGUCAUUGUGGAGCGCUGGUGGAAGGUGCCUCUGGCCGGAGAGGGCCGGAAGCCGCGCCUGCACCGGCGGCACCGCGUGUACAAGCUGGUGGAGGACACGAAACACCGGCCCAAAGACAACCUGGAGCUCAUCCUCACACAGUCAGUGGAAGAACUUGGAGUUCGGGGUGACCUGGUCUCAGUGAAGAAAUCUGUGGGCCGUAAUCGACUACUUCCUCAAGGGCUGGCUGUAUACGCAUCCCCUGAAAACAAGAAGCUAUUUGAAGAGGAGAAAUCGCUGAGACACGAAGGAAAAUUAGAGAAGAUCCAGACCAAGGCAGGUGAGGCGACAGUGAAAUUUUUGAGAAGCUGUCACCUGGAGGUGGGGAUGAAGAACAACGUCAAAUGGGAGCUAAACCCUGAAAUAGUUGCCCGCCACUUCUUCAAAAAUCUCGGUGUUGUGGUCGCCCCACACGCAUUAAAGUUACCAGAAGAGCCCAUCACCCGGUGGGGCGAGUACUGGUGUGAAGUGACAGUAAAUGGGCUUGAUACUGUGAGGGUACCUAUGUCUGUGGUGAACUUUGAGAGGCCCAAAACCAAAAGAUAUAAGUACUGGCUCGCCCAGCAAGCUGCCAAGGGAAUGGCCCCCAGCAGCUCCCAGACAGUAUGAACCUACUCUCCCUCAGAAGCCACACCGCAGAAUCAGAGGAGCAGUGAAGCAAAGAUGGGCCAGCAUCCUGAUAUCACUCCCAGCACUGACCACAUAUGGAUUUUCAGAGAGCAUAUGGGGACAUCGGACUAAACUGUGCGUACAGUUGAAUUCUCCAUAUUUGCCAUCUCCAUCUUCAACUGUUAUCACAUGUGGCCUUAUUGGGGGAAGUCCUGCGCUCAAUAAGUACCAGGCUGUAGAUUUGAUAAGCUGAAUAUUAAUAGACCAAAACAGUCUAGAUCCUAUUUAGCCUCUCCCUGCAUUGGAAUUCACUGGAACAAAUGGAAGAGCUAGCCAUUGUCUCCAGUACUUGGCUCAUUCUCAUCAUCCAAACUGAACGUUUGUAUCUGAAAAGAAAUAAAGAGGUUGUACUUUU